AAUCAUGUGACAAACCCGAGCUCACGUCAAUGGACGUUACUUCUAUCUUCCGCUUCACCAAGGCUCUCUGAUCUUCAUUUUCUGUACCCUACUAUCUCAGCAACUAACGUGAAUCCCAGCUCACAUUCUCACCCGCCAUGAGCACUCCCGCUCUCUCAGGGGCGGUUCGAUUCGCGAUUUUUCUCACUCUGACUGAUUAUUGGCAGGGCACGAGCCUUUUUUCUGGGUUUACUCGUUUGUGCAAAGGCCUAGCGGUGGUACUGGUGGGUGGCCACAUUGUGAUUCAGAUUUUCCCUUCUGCUGUUACUUACCUGGCCCUUAUUCCCGCCAGAACAAUCCCUUUUGCCUGGAACCUCGUUUCAGCUGGUUAUAUUGAACAAUCCAUUUAUGGGGUAAUUGUCAGCACCGUUGGCCUCCUUUUCAUUGGAAAGCUGCUUGAACCUGUAUGGGGUUCUAGGGAAUUUUUGAAGUUCAUCUUUGUGGCUAACUUUCUGACUUCUGUGUGUAUCUUCAUCACUGCUAUUGCCUUGUACUAUAUUACGAGGCAAGAAAUUUACCUGUAUAUGCCAUUUUCCGGAUUUCAUGGAGUUAUUUCUGGCUUCUUGGUUGGCGUCAAGCAAAUGAUGCCAGAUCAAGAGCUACCUCUCCUCAAGAUAAAAGUGAAGUGGUUACCAUCUAUUGCUAUACUGCUUUCCAUUGCUUUGAGCUUCUGGAUACUAGAGGCAGUAUCAUGUCUUCCCACUGUAAUAUUUGGGACAUACAUGAGUUGGAUUUACCUUAGAUACUGGCAGAGGCGAGUAGAAACAAAACUCAAGGGUGACCCAAGUGAUGAUUUUGCUUUCUCCACAUUUUUCCCAGAAUUUUUGAGACCAAUCAUAGACCCUAUUGCAUCAAUAUUUCAUCGAAUGCUCUGUGGAAGAUAUGAUGCCUCUAAUAAUGCGCAAGGUCCCACUCUAGGGGGUGAACCCUUGCCUGGUUCUGACCCCUCUGAAGCAUCUCGGAGACGAGAGAGAGGUGCAAGAGCUCUGGAAGAAAGGUUGGCUGCAAAGAUGUUGGCUGCUUCUCAGAGUGCAGGAGAGUUGCGAACAGUUGGUGCUGAAAAUGUAUGAUUCUGAUCUCUUCAGAUUUUGCAGAUUGUUGGUGUUGCGGAAAACUCGUGGAACAAUUUGAUGUCGUGCCAUGUGGAAUGUAUUUUUGAAUAGGAAGAAGCUUUACAAAAUUGAGAUCAGGUCCUUGGAACUUUAAAAUAAAUGUAACUAAUUUUCCUUUUAAUCCAAUUCUUUUGUUCUGUUUUUAAAAAAUGUAGUUCAUUUACACUGACAAAAACCCCUUCAUUGUGUAUAUUUACUAGGAAUUGUUAAUUUGCCCAAGCCGCA